AUGUACCGGGGUAUCUGCACCAUCCCCGACAUCCUCUCCUAUAGCGCCCCGGUGACCGAGGAUGAACUGGAAGAAAUCCGCAAGGCCUUCAAAGUCUUCGAACGUGAUGGGAAUGGCUUCAUUUCAAAGCAGGAAUUGGGGAUGGCCAUGCGCUCCCUGGGCUACAUGCCAAACGAGGUGGAGCUGGAAGUUAUCAUCCAGAGACUGGACAUGGACGGCGAUGGCCAGGUGGACUUUGAAGAGUUUGUGACUCUUCUUGGUCCCAAGCUGACGGCAGCAGGAUUACCAGAUAAGUUCAACGGCACUGACUUUGACUCUGUCUUCUGGAAGUGUGACAUGCAGAAGUUGACAGUGGAGGAACUGAAGAGGCUUCUGUACGACACGUUCUGUGACCACCUCUCCCUGAAGGACAUCGAGAACAUCAUCAUGACGGAGGAGAACCACAUAGAGAACCCUGAAGACUGUCAGGUUCUAGCCCAACUCAGCAGGUCAAGCAAACUUGCGUCCUCAAAACCCUUAUGCGCCUUCGCUAUCGCCUUCGCUAUCGCCUUCAUCAUCAGCGUCAUGCUCAUCGCAGCCAAUCAGGUGCUGCGAAGUGGGAUGAAAUAG